GUUGAUGUGGAAUUAUGCGUGUGACGUGUCAGCAGCCCCAUCUUUCUUGGCCACCGCACACUCAACUAUGGAAUAAUCUAGAGAGAGAGAGAGAUGGGAUCUGACAAACAAAAGGUGGAGAUGAGAGAGAAAGCCUCAAGGAAAGGAAAGUUAUGGAGGAUGAAGAAACAAGCACCGCCAAACUCUCCUCCAUCAACCAACAGCCGCUGUUAUCUAAGCUAGAAUCAUCAUUGGAAGAAGACGGAAAUGCAACGGAUGAAGAAGAAAUAGAGAAGCAAGGGGGCAGCAGCAGCAGCAGCAAAGAGAUAAUCAAAGAACUCAAGAAUAUACAAAGGCAGAACACAAUCACUCAUUAUCUUCUAACAGCCUCAAUUCUAGUCACUCUGGUAUGGCAGCUCUCAGAGUUCUCUCUCAUUUUCAAAAUCAAACAAGGCUUCAGCAAUCCCCUCAGAUCCAUUGGAGGAGCAAUCAAAGGUCUGUUUGGUGCCAGUGAGCAGCAGACACAGGUUAUCCCACCAACCUAUCUGCCGGGACUCAAGCUCCCCGAAUGGCCUGGUUUUGACACCAGCAACGAGGAAGACGAAGAUGAUGCCGACUAGACUAGACCAAUUUCUCAACACAAUAACAACUGUAAAUGUAUGGAGGUUUCAACAAGGUUUUAUAUAUGCAAAAGUAUCAAGAUUACCAGCCACCAUUGGCUCAAAUAUAUAAAAA